AAAUUUUAAAAUUAGGGAACAAAGUUGAUUUAAAAAAUUCGGGAAGAUAUUGUCAGUGUUUUAGUAGGCUGGUUUUACUUUGAGUUUCAUCAACUAUGGAGCAAGUUGCAAUGGAAAUUGAUCCAACUCAGGAACCAUCUACUGAUUCUCUCCCAUUUGCCAGAAGCUAUCAGCUGGAAGCAUUGGAGAAAGCAAUCAAGCAGAAUACGGUGGUUUUCUUGGAGACUGGCUCUGGAAAGACUCUUAUAGCAAUCAUGCUUCUCCGCAGCUAUGCUUAUCUUCUCAGAAAACCUUCGCCAUUCUUUGCCGUGUUCUUAGUUCCUCAAGUUGUGUUGGUUAAGCAGCAAGCUCAAGCCGUGAGAAUGCACACUGACCUGAGUGUCGGUGAAUAUUGGGGAGAAAUGGGAGUUGACUAUUGGGAUGCUGCUACAUGGAAACGAGAAAUAAACACACAUGAGGUGCUUGUGAUGACACCAGCAAUUCUACUUCUUGGUUUGAGACAUAGCUUUUUUGAGAUAAACAUGAUAAAGGUUUUGAUAUUUGAUGAAUGCCAUCAUGCCAGGGGAAAACAUCCUUAUGCUUCUAUCAUGACUGACUUCUAUGAUUGCAAGAUUAAAUCUGGUGUACAUGAGUCCAAUCUUCCUAGGAUUUUUGGGAUGACUGCCUCACCUAUAAAGUCAAAAGGUGCAAAGUCAGCUGAUAGCUACUGGAAGCAGAUUUGUGAACUUGAAACCAUUAUGAAUUCAAAGGUGUAUACAUGUGUUAGUCAAUCAGUGCUUGCUGAGUAUAUACCUUUUUCUACCCCAAAAUUCAAAUUUUAUCGGCAUAAGGAAAUUCCAGCUAAUUUACAUGCACAAAUAGUGGAGAAGUUGGAGCUUUUAAAAGAAAAGCAUUUAAAUUCAAUGAGAGAUUUAAAUCUCAAUACAUCUGCAUUGGAGUCUACAACAAAGAAAAUAGAAAAGAUACAUUUGGCCUUAAUCUAUUGUUUGGCUGAACUUGGUGUAUGGUUGGCUUUGAAGGCUGCAGAAAAUUUGUCAGCUUGGGAAAGUGAUUUUCUUGUCUGGGGGAAAUUGGAUGUAUUUGGUGAGAAAAUAGUUAAAAGUUUCAGUCUGGAUGCAUCACAGGCAUUUGCAGCCUAUAUACCAUCGAGUUCUGAGUGGACAAUCUCUGAUAAUAUUGAGGGAAAUGUUGCAGCGGGUCUCUUGACCACAAAGAUUGUUUGCCUUGUUGAAUCACUUCUUGAAUACAAGCUUUUCAAAGAGAUAAGGUGCAUAAUUUUCGUGGAAAGGGUGAUUACAGCCAUUGUACUUCAAUCUCUAUUGAGUGAAUUGCUUCCAAAGUACAUUAACUGGAAGACGAAAUACAUAGCGGGAAACAACUCUGGAUUGCAGAGCCAGACUAGGAAGACACAACAUGAAAUUGUACAGGAAUUCCGCAAAGGCUUGGUGAACAUAAUUGUUGCAACAUCAAUUCUUGAGGAAGGUUUAGACGUUCAAAGUUGCAAUUUAGUCAUUAGAUUUGAUCCUUCAGCCACAGUUUGCAGUUUCAUACAGUCCAGAGGACGUGCUAGAACACAAAAUUCAGAUUAUCUACUAAUGGUUAAGAGUGGAGAUCAUUCUACACACUCUCGACUGGAGAGCUAUCUUGUGAGUGGAGAUAUAAUGAGAAGGGAGUCAUUAUGCCAUGCUUCUGAUCCAUGCUCUCCUCUUGAAAAUGGUCUAUAUGAAGAGUCAUAUUGUGUUCCAAGUACAGGGGCUGUUGUGACACUUAGUUCCAGUGUUUCUUUGUUAUACUACUAUUGCUCACGCCUGCCAUCUGAUGGGUAUUUUAGACCAGCUCCAAGGUUUGAAAUAGACAAGAUCAUGGGAAUUUGUACACUGCAUCUUCCCAACAGUUGCCCUGUGCAAACUGUUUGUAUGGAAGGAAACAUUAAAACUCUAAAGCAAAAGGCAUGCCUGGAAGCAUGCAAAAAAUUAUAUGAAGUUGGUGCUUUAACAGAUCACCUUGUUCCUGACAUUGUAGUCGAAGAGGCUGAUGCACAAGAAUUGGAGAAGGAGCCAUAUGAUGAUGACCAACCAAUUUAUUUUCCACUUGAACUGGUUAAUCAUUGUUCAAAUUCAUCCAAGACAAAGUACUACUGCUACUUGGUAGAGUUGAAACAGAAUUUUGAUUAUGAAAUUCCUGUUGAAAACAUUGUGCUCGCCAUGAGGGGUCACCUUGAGACUGACAUCAGAAAUUUGGGGUUUGAAUUAGAAGUUAAUCGAGGCACUAUGACAGUUAAUUUUAAAGAAAUAGGAGCAAUUUAUCUUAGUCCAGAGCAGAUUCUAUUGUGUAGGAGGUUUCAGAUCACACUUUUCAGAGUUCUUUUGGACCACAAAGUUGACAAGUUAAAGGGAGGUCACAUGAACUGUAAUGCUGGAAUUAUACGAACAAAAAGUGGUUCAACAUGCACUUGCAUGCUUCAGAAUUCGUUGGUGUAUACCCCCCAUACUGGUCAUGUCUAUUGUAUCUCUGAUAUUUUAAGAGGCUUAAAUGCAAAUUCAAAAUUGAGGCUAAGGAAUGGAAAUCUUUUAACAUACAAAGAGUUCUAUAAACUUAAGCAUGGUAUUGAGUUAUGUGGUAGUCAAGUAUCAUUUCUGAAAGGAAAACAUGUUUUCAAAGUGCAGAACUAUCUUCAAAGAUGCAGAAAGCAGAAGGAGAAAGAGCCAAGUAACACAUUUGUUGAAUUGCCGCCAGAACUUUGUCACAUCAUCAUGUCCCCCAUAUCUACAAGUACAGUUUAUUCUUUCACAUUCAUCCCUUCAAUUAUGCAUCGACUUGAGUCUUUGCUCCUCGCUAUCAACUUAAAGAAGAUGCAUCUGGAUUGUUGCAUGCAAAAUGUUAUUAUUCCAACCUUCAAGAUAUUAGAAGCAAUUACCACAAAGAAGUGCCAAGAAAAAUUUCAUUUGGAAUCACUAGAGACUCUAGGUGAUUCUUUCCUCAAAUAUGCUGUCAGUCAGCAGUUAUUCAAAACAUAUCAAAAUCAUCAUGAGGGCCUUCUUAGUGUCAAGAAGGAGAAAAUAAUUUCAAAUGUGGCUCUUUGCAAGCUAGGACUCAAUCAGAAACUUCAGGGAUUCAUCCGUAGUGAAGCUUUUGAUCCCAAAAAUUGGAUGAUUCCUGGUGACAAUUCUGGUAGUUAUAUAUUGAAUGAGGAAUCACUUUCUGAUGGAAGAAGAAUUUAUAUUACUGGAAAAAGAAAGUUAAAAAGCAAGAGGAUUGCCGAUGUUGUUGAGGCACUUAUUGGUGCAUAUCUUAGCACCGGAGGUGAAUCAGCUGGCUUGUUAUUUUUGAACUGGAUUGGUAUAGAUGUGAAUUUUAUAAAUACCCCAUAUGAAAGGCAUUUCCUAGUCCAGGCUGAGAGGCUUGUUAAUGUUCGUUAUUUUGAGACCCUAUUGAACUACUCAUUCCAAGACCCUUCUCUUCUACUGGAAGCACUGACCCAUGGUUCCCACAUGCUUCCCGAAACUCCAAGAUGCUAUCAGAGGCUUGAAUUUCUUGGAGACUCGGUAUUAGAUUAUCUGAUCACCCUGCAUUUAUAUGGUGAGUAUCCUGGGAUGUCACCAGGAUUGUUAACUGAUAUGAGGUCUGCUUCUGUGAAUAAUGAUUGUUACGCGCAUGCUGCUAUCAAGGUUGGAUUGCAUAAGCACAUUCUCCACGCUUCUCAUGACCUUCACAAGCAUAUUGUUGAAACAGUUGUAAAGUUCACAGAAUCAUCUCAAGAAUGUACUUUUGGAUGGGAAUCCGAGACAUCAUUCCCCAAGGUGCUUGGAGAUGUGAUUGAGUCACUUGCGGGGGCAAUACUUGUGGAUUCAGGAUUUAACAAGGAAAUUGUCUUCCAGAGUAUAAGACCACUUUUGGAGCCCUUGAUUACUCCUGAGACAGUGAGGAUUCAACCAGUAAGAGAGUUGACAGAAUUAUGCCAGAGGGAACAUUUUGAUGUAAGAAAGCCCUUCAUAUCACAACAGAAUGGUAUAGCUUCAAUUACAGUGGAGGUUGAAGCCAAUGGUAAUACGUAUUGUUGCACUCAAUCUGCUGCGAAUAGGAAGAUGGCCAAGAAAUUGGCUUAUAAAGGUGUUUUGCAGGCCCUCAAGGAAAGCCUUUCCAGGACCUGAAUGUUGUAACCAAACCUGGGAACAUUUUGCAUUUCGCCUUCCCUUAUAGGAGAAAAGAGGAUAUAAUAGUAAUGUAAAAAGUGUUUUGCAGUUGAAUUGAAAAUGCAAAACACUGAUUAUUAAAUGGAGGAGUCUCCUAAUAAUGGAGAGGCUCCCUUAUCCAAUGUAUUGUGUUUUGCAGUUGAAUGGUAAAACACAAAUCAUAACAAUGAUAAGCUUCAUUUUUUUCCCUUUUUUUUUUCCUUCUAUGAUCCCUUUUGAAUAUAUUUUGAGAAUCAAA